GGUUUACCUUCGCUACUCUAACAAACCAGCUCUGUUCUGUUCGAAACUCCCGUCUCCUUCUCUAGAUUCAAUCUAAGCUCCAAAUCCAUGGCCACCAUCCAGUCCGUCAAGGCACGCCAGAUCUUCGACAGCCGUGGAAAUCCUACGGUCGAGGUUGAUGUGAUUCUGUCAAAUAGUCACUUGGCUAGAGCUGCUGUCCCUAGUGGAGCAUCGACUGGAAUUUAUGAAGCCCUUGAACUGAGGGAUGGAGGCUCGGACUACCUUGGAAAGGGUGUUUCAAAGGCUGUUAACAAUGUGAACUCCAUUAUUGGCCCAGCUCUAGUUGGCAAGGAUCCAACUGAUCAGACUGCUAUUGACAACUUCAUGGUUCAACAACUAGAUGGCACUCAAAAUGAGUGGGGAUGGUGCAAGGAAAAGCUUGGUGCAAAUGCUAUCCUGGCUGUGUCUCUUGCGGUUUGCAAAGCUGGUGCAGCUGUCAAAAAUAUUCCUCUGUACAAGCACAUUGCCAACCUUGCUGGUAACAAGAAAUUGGUGUUGCCUGUUCCUGCCUUCAAUGUCAUUAAUGGUGGAUCCCAUGCUGGAAACAAACUUGCAAUGCAGGAAUUUAUGAUUCUUCCCGUUGGAGCUUCUAGUUUCAAGGAGUCCAUGAAGAUGGGCUGUGAAGUAUACCACCAUUUGAAGGCUGUGAUCAAGAAGAAAUAUGGACAGGAUGCCACCAAUGUUGGUGAUGAGGGUGGCUUUGCUCCUAAUAUCCAGGAGAACAAGGAAGGUCUUGAAUUACUCAAGACAGCUAUUGAAAAGGCUGGAUACACCGGAAAAGUUGUUAUUGGAAUGGACGUUGCUGCAUCUGAAUUUUAUGGAAAGGAUAAAACUUAUGAUUUGAACUUUAAAGAGGAGAACAAUGAUGGCAAACAAAAGAUCUCAGGUGACCAGCUCAAGGAUCUUUACAAGUCAUUUGUUUCUGAGUACCCUAUUGUCUCAAUUGAAGAUCCAUUUGACCAAGAUGACUGGGAAACCUAUGCUAAGCUCACAACUGAAAUUGGGGAGAAAGUGCAGAUUGUGGGAGAUGACCUCCUGGUUACUAACCCUAAGAGGGUUGCCAAGGCAAUUGAGGGUAAAACAUGCAAUGCUCUUCUUCUCAAGGUUAACCAAAUUGGUUCCGUCACUGAGAGUAUUGAAGCUGUUAAAAUGUCUAAGAAGGCUGGCUGGGGUGUAAUGACCAGUCACCGCAGUGGAGAGACUGAGGACACCUUCAUUGCUGAUCUUGCUGUUGGUUUGGCAACGGGACAAAUCAAGACUGGAGCACCAUGCAGAUCUGAGCGUCUUGCCAAGUACAACCAGCUCUUGAGAAUUGAGGAGGAACUUGGAUCAGAUGCUGUUUAUGCUGGAGCAAGCUUCCGUGCACCAGUUGAGCCCUACUAGAGCAACAGUGAAGCCUGAUUCCACACCUAACUCUGUACUCUGUACUUGGGGAAUAAAUUAUGCGCAAUCCUUUAGUUAGUAGUAAUAAUUAUGUCUUUGAAGUUUUUGUUUUGAGGUUUAAACAAUGCCCGGGUGGGAAUGUUAGGCUGUGCGCGCUCAUUUUUGACUUGA